AUGUCGUGGAUCGCAGCCAACGGCGCGCAACGAGCGGCCGCGGCCGCAUGUUAUGGCUGCCUCGUGAACGGUGCAGCGCCGGCCGUCGUAGUCGCACGGCAGGGAGCUCAAACUGGGUCGUCGCCUGCUGCUGUCCGAUUUGCGUCCUCGUCAUCGUCCUCUUCUUCCUCGACAACCAAGCCCCGCGCCACACGCACGUCGCGCGCUACUUCAGCGGCGGCGGAGGCCGUGCCGACAAGCACGGCAGCCGCGACGACGCGGAAGCGCGCCGGCAGCAAGGUGGCGACGGCAGCGGCGGCGGCCGCCGCCGCAGCAGAGGAUCCUUCUACGACAGCGGGACCAGUAAAGGCGACACGGGGCAGAAAGAAGAAGGAAGCCGAGCCGGUAGCCGAAGCCGACACAACAGAAGCCGCACCGGCACUUGUAAAGAAGACGAGAGCCUCGGCAUCCAAGGCGGCGGGCGCAACGCCGACUAAGACGACAUCAACAAGAAAGAAGGCGGCUGCAGCGACAGCGACAGCAACAGAGCCAACAGCAGAGAUUGCAACUCCUGCCAAGGCGGCAGCACCAAUAACGCCCCUGUCAGUCAAGCCAAUGACGGCCAGCAGCACGACAACAAGGAGAACGGCUUCGAAGAAAGCGGCUGCGGCAUCUGUUUCUGUGACUGCUGCCUCGGCCCCUGCGAUACCCACGCCGCGCUUUGCGGCAGCUUCAAAGGCCGCACAGACACCACCAUCACCGCCGCCUUCUGCCCAGCAGACUGCAUAUGCGGCCGCCAGCCAGGAAGAGGCCUUGGCCGAGCUGAAGCGCCUGCGCCUGGCAGCGGCGCCACCGACGACGCCGCGCCCGCCACCCAUGUCGGCAGCGGCUGCGCGGUCGGCUGCUGCGGCCAUGGUCUCGGCGACAUCUUCUGCCACGCCCCCGCCUGCUGCUCCUGGGCGGGCCCGCCUUACACUAAGCGCCGAAGAGAAGGAGCCGUUCUACGACGGCGGCGAUGUCGGUGGCGGCGGUGCUACGGCGGCGCCUAAUAUUGCCGACACGCCCGAGUAUAAGAAGGCGACGCGGCAGUGGACGUCGCUGAUUGUGGCAAUGCCCAUUUUCUUGGUGACAUCGUACUACCUGUUUGAUCGAUUGGCCCUUGGUAAUGUGCCGACGGACCUGACGGCGUACCGCGACAAGCUGCAGCAGGCAGUGGACCAGCUCGGCGAGGCGGCCACCACGGCGCUGGGCGGCGAGAACAACCCGGCCGCCUCGAGGGCGAGCGAGUUUGCUGAGGAAGAUGCCAGCAGAGACGAGAAGAAGUAA